UGCUCUUCUCCACCACCUCGCAAGGACCUGACAUGAAAUAGGUAGCAGUACUUUGAAUCUGAUCGAAAUCAUUUUAUGUACGGCCGAUCGAGUCAGGAAUGAGUCAAGGAAUCGAGUCACAAUUUUUUCUCAACCACCUGCCAUCUCAUCCAAAAUGUCCAAGCCCAGUCUCUGGCUCCGCUGCGAAAAAAAGGAGUUCGAACGCCGAACUGCAUUGACCCCAGCUACGACCAAAAGGCUUAUCGAUGCCUGUUUUGAAAUCUUUGUCGAACGGGACGAACAGAGGAUUUUUGUUGACUCAGAAUACGAAGCUGUUGGAUGCAAACUGGUGGACAACAAUUCUUGGCCAUCGGCACCGGUAAACGUCCCAAUCAUUGGAUUGAAAGAGCUCCCCGUGUCCACAGACCCUAUCCCGCAUAGUCAUAUCCAGUUUGCUCAUUGUUACAAGCAACAAGAUGGGUGGAUCGACGUUUUGUUGCGUCUUCACUGCGGGGGAGGUACUCUGUAUGACAUAGAGUUCCUGACCGACGCCAAUGGCCGUCGAGUCGCAGCCUUUGGCUAUCAUGCUGGGUUCGCAGGGGCUGCUGUUGGUGCUCUCGCGGUGGCAUCGCGGAGAAAGGGCGAAAAGCUUGGACACCUCAAGUCCUUCGAGAGUGAAGAUGCGAUGAUUAACGCUGUCAAGACUGCCUUGGGUGGGAGUGGCAAAGGUGUUAAGGCCCUGGUCAUUGGCGCUAUGGGACGGUGUGGACGCGGCGCGGUUGACCUCUUCAGAAAGAUUGGUUUGGAUGAGGACGAUAUUCUCAAGUGGGACAUGGCGGAAACGGCCAAAGGCGGCCCCUUCUCUGAGAUUCUUGAUGCCGACAUCUUCGUCAACUGCAUCUAUCUCAGCUCCAAGACUCCCUCGUUCUUGACUCGUGACCAGCUCAUCUCUGCUGGGAAGGGACGGCGGUUAUCGACAGUCGUCGAUGUUAGCUGCGAUACUACCAACCCCUUCAACCCGAUCCCUAUAUACACAAUCAACACGACGUUCUCUGAGCCCACUGUUCCUGUCGACGUUGGGGCUGAAAAUCCGCCUCUGUCCGUGAUAUCUAUUGAUCAUCUCCCUUCCUUGCUUCCAAGAGAGGCCUCAGUGCAGUUCAGCUCGGACCUUUUCCCCUCCUUGCUCCAGCUUCCCGAUCGGGAGACUGCACGAGUAUGGACUGAGGCCAAGGCACUCUUUGACAAGAAGGUCGCGGAGGCUAUCAAAGAGGCUAAGCUAUAGACGCAUGAGAAGGAGUAAAACACAACGUGUGCUAUAGAUAAGUAGACCAGCUGAUAAUUAUCAUACAACAGAGCACAUAUGACAGUAGUACUGAGAUCGGAAUAUCCUAAAAUCUUACCGCUCCUAUACUCUUCAGCGCACAGCGCAAGGAAAUAAUUUAAACACCAAAAACACUACGAGACCCCGGUGCGAAAAGAUCAACUCUCCUUCAGCAUUAAACAUCCCUCGAUCACACGUCCACCACGUGAGUCGGCGGCCUCAUCU